AUGGGCCAAAUCGCCGCAAUAGCGAAUCGAUUCCCAAGCAUUCGAAAGGCACUGCUCUUUGGCAAGAACGAUGCGCCGGCUCCGAUCAGUCGAAUGGAAUUUAUGUACCCCGAAUAUGAACAGCACGAUAUCAUCCUUCGAUUCCCCCGCCUCCGCGAGUUUCGUCUCAAAGGCACCAUCCGCCAACAUGUUGCCAGGUACUUUCGCACCAACAACUUUCGGCAGCUACCUCGUCUUACAUACCACGGGUGGCUUGCGUACUUACCGGAGCGAUGCGAACGCUGGGGAAAGCUCCGAAUAGGUGACGGGGGUGAUUGUAUCCGUUCGGCCGUUGCAUGCAAUCCCUCGUCUAUUUAUGGCAAACGCGACUCGUCUUUUGUUCGUUUUACAUUUCAGAGAGAUGAGAACGAGAACGACCCUGAUGCAACCGUUAACAUGAUUGGUGUGACCGGUUACGGCCGCCUUGACUUUAUUCUCGCGGUCACAUUCCCCACCGACCAAGAAAACGAAAUUGACGCCCCCACAACACACGUCCUUGCACAUAUCACCGAGGCAAAGGAUGUAGAGGGAGAUGCCGCCGAGGAAAGGAUCUCCUUCACAAAAUUUGGGCGAUCGUUCGUUCUUGACAUCACGUCUGUCAAGAACGUCGCUGGGCGCGUAUUCACACGGGCAACACGGGAGGCAGGAGAAUGGGUAAUCAUUGAUCGUAGUGGAGGAAUUUGCCGCACGGACUUCCGGGUGGACGAGCAUGACUCGGACAAUGAAGAUGGAUGGGCAAAUUAA